UUUUGACCGAAACGCCACCUUUAUGUGUAAUAAUUCGUUAAUUUUAUUCAGUUAAUUUGGUUUAACUUUUAUUUCGUAAUCUUUCCCACACACCGUUGUUGGAAGCUAUAGAGUGAAGUUGUCUGUGUUUAUAUGAAUAUUAUUUAUUAAGAAACAAAUUCUUUUGACAUUGUAAUUAUGGGUUCAAUCUUCGUGUGGACUAUAGCCCUGCUUUUUGUUGUCUGGGCUCCCAUGACCAAAGGCCAGUGUCGAGCUAACACGGGACCCGUGGACCUGGUGAUCGCAGUACCCGGAUCUAACCAUGUGUUGUUUGUUAUUGCAGGCCAGUGUCGAGCUAACACGGGACCCGUGGACCUGGUGAUCGCAGUACCCGGAUCUAACCAUGUGAUUCCUGAAAACGAGUUUAGUGCCUUCGAGAAAAACCUCAUUAAUCUCCUCAUGCACUUUGCCAUCCAACCUGACGAGUUCAACAUUGGCCUAAUUCUGUACGGAAAAACUGCGAUACCCAUUGCAACACCGCAACCAUUCAAAACAAGAACCCAGAUUAACACGCGUGUGACGUUACUCACAGAGCGGAUGCAGUACCAGCACGAACUUGGCACGAAACACGACGUAGCCGCCGCCUUAAACCUCAUGAUUAACAUGUUUAAAGUGCCACCCCCGGGCUACACGGGUAACAUCCUGCGCGAGAGAGCCCGCCGUAUAGGCAUCAUCUUCACGUUCGGUUCCACUCCCGCGGAGAACGUCGAUAACGUCAUUGCGGCAGCAACAAGGGCCAAGUCGGAUGGUAUCCUGCUGUACGCGCUUGGAAGCAACGGUACCAGCCGGGACUUUAUAGAGCUUGGAACCGACUACUGCCGUCUCUUCUCCAUGGGAGAGUUCUCAGACGGCCUCCCCUUUGCAAUGCCAGACCUCGCCAGUGGCAUCUGCUCAGAGGUUGAUCCGACUGUCAAUAUAACGGAAAAGAACUGCUUCCCUCGGAGGUAUCCGAAGGCGCAUGGUAUCGGCGUUUCCUGUCAGGUGGAGGGUAACAUGAUGCAGGCAGACCCCAACAACUGUGCCUACUACUACCAGUGCGAAUAUUUUGACAAGAACCCUCGGCGAAUGCAGUGCUCAGCGAGCACCCUGUAUGACCCCCUGACUAAGAUAUGUAACGCCUUGAGUAGCGUCGCCUGCUACAACGAUAUCACGUGUCCUGAUGAUAAGCCCGCCCUCCAUGCGCACCCUAUGGACUGCAACAAGUUCAUUAAUUGCUACAACGACCGCAUUCCGCACGUGCAGUCGUGUCCCGAUGACCAGGUGUUUGACCCUCAGACUCAAACCUGCAAUAAGACGUCCACGGCGUGUAUGCACCAAUACGGUUGAUAAGAUGACAGUCCCCGACGUUUACUGUGAACAGAUGACAUUUUCUACAGCCUUCUGACCUUGUAUUUUAAAUGUAAUAACAAUAAAUAAAUUUGGAAACUUUA